GCGUCGAAUACGGGCACUUGCUGGGUUCGAGAGUAAUGGCGGAGUUGUUUGACAAGGAAGAUCGGAGGUGGUUGUCACCUGUUUAGCGUCUGGGGUUAUUUCUCAAGCAAUACACUCUGGAAUACACGGAUAACUUUUGGUAGAUAUACAGGCCCCUACAAGAAAGUCUGACACUGACUCGUCUAUGGCCGCUCUGACAUGAUGGGGCAGUACAUCAGUGUCCACUCCUCUGAGAAAACCGAUAACCACCUCCGAGAAAGACAAUCAACUGACAUGCUCAACUCCACCAUGUGACCUUGCCUGCGAGUGAUUGGAACCUCCACACUGUGUCUGUGAAUACCCCACUAUGUAAAGUUGUAUGGAAUGGACCUUUUACACUGAAGCAAUUGUUAUCAAAUGGCACCCAAUCAUUGUGUUUUAAUGUUUCUGUCCACUUGAACACUUGUUAGGAAAUCACUAGUUUAGUAUUACCGUCAUUCCUUUGAAAUGAUGUCAUCAGCAUUAUGUGAUUAAACAUGGCCGCUACAGGUGCUGUCACGUCGUCAUCAGACAGGAAGGACGUUUUGGAGGCGAGUCGUACAAGAAGUGGGAGUUUGAAAUGUGAAAAUAUUGAAAAUCAGCCUCCAGAAGAUCUAUCAAAAAUUGAAUUUGAGGAAGGUGGUCACCAAUUACGUGGAUUUCGUUCCAAAGUCAGCAAGAUGAAAGAAAUGUUUCAAGCUAGUAUGUCAGGGGACAAAGCAUCUUCAAAACCUGAGAUCAAACUGACAAAGCCUCACAGUGCUCCGUCGUCAACGAGCAACUCUUGGCAGCGGGACACCAAACCUACGCCUAUUGCCGAUUUGGAUAAAUCACCCGAGAUCAAACGAAAGCGGGUAUCGGAUGUUAUAUCGCCAACCUCAAAAUCUGCAGAAAUAUCUCCCUCAGAUAACCUCCUAGAAGCAACCAAUCAUGUACAGCGAUUUAACUACACAAGAAAUAUGUUUGCUCGUAUGGAGCAGGAAAAUAAAAUUGCACAAGAACGUGAACGUAAUAUUCGGAUUCGACGACCGUCACCGAAUCGUCUUGGCCGUUCUCACACACCACCUGCUCUGUCACCUGUCAGUACAUCGCCAUCUAGCCCAGAAAGACACAAAACCAUGAGCCCAGAACGACACAAACCUCUCAGCCCAGAACCGAGAAAGUCGUUCGAUUACGACCCAAUAGGUCGAACUUCAUCAUCAUCAUCAAGUACCACUGAACUUGAUUCAAAGAUCCUUAACUUGGACAACAGUAUAAGCAAACAAAAAUUGUGUGGUUCCUUAGAAAUGUUAAAAGGUGAUUCCCUCAGAGACAGUGAUAGCUUAUCAUCAAUUCAUGGGAGUUCGAAUUCAGGCCCUAGUUUUCAGCCUGACAUCACAGAUGCACAAGUGUCUUCCACAGUGUCACAGUCGUAUCAUAAACCUCCACCAUCGUAUUCAUCGUCAACGCGCGGUGCUUUAUGGCUCAAGAGAUAUGAAACCAGGGACAAUGCAAACAUUCCAGAUAGAGACAGAACGUCUCAGCUCAAUGGAGAGAAUGACAAGAAGAAAAGCUGGCUAGAAGACAGAGAGGAACGUAAAGAUCGCUCCAACAGCGAUCCCGAAAGAACAAGUGUCACUGGUUGGACUCGACCAAGUCGUUCCCACUUCAGAUCUAAACAUGGCAGUGAUGUUUCUGAUAAUGCUGCACAGUCAUCCUGUAAGGCAGAAUCAUACAAACAGGACUCAAGUCUUUCAAAUUCACAUUCCAGUGCUAAUGAACAAAAUGAUUCAGAAGCUCCUGCGGUCAUGAUGCGGGCCAAGAAAGAGGACAGUGUGUCAAAAAGUAAUCGGCUAAGUAAAGAAGAUAUUCAGAAAGCCAUAGAAAAGGCCGACUCCUAUCUCCAAAACCGAGAUGAUGAACCAUCGGGGAAAAGAAGAUCAUGGGAUCUAAAUCAAAGACGGGAUGACUUUUCACGUGGGAAGAGGCAAUCGUGGGAUGUUGAUAAACAACAAGAAGAUGUUCGUGAGGUUCGAGUCCGUUCAUCAUCUUUAAACGAGGACAGUAGUAGAGACCGGACUUCAUCACCUGAUGAAAAUACAGGUGAUGGUAGCUCUAGUUCUGUGCCUGAAGCUGUUAUUAGUAAUGCUUUUGUACAUCUGUCCAAUUCAGGAUCAUCUCUAAAUGACAGUGAGCCUGAGCUCACCAGAUCCUCCUCAUCAAUAUCCUCAUCCUCUCGGCCCACCCCCAUUCCAAGACGGUCAGCUCCUCCACCCCCUGACAAGCCCCCAAAUGCUACCCUGAACUCAAAGAGGCCUAUUAUUCCACCUCCACCGGCACCAAAGCCUAAAUCACCUGAGGAUUUUAUGGCAGAGAAUGUAGAGACUAUUGUCCAGUCAACUACUUCUACUGUAUCGUCAUCAGUUGAGCAGCAUCUGCCGACCCCGGACUGGGACCGACGAAGUGACAGUACAGAUGACCUUGAUGAAGCGAUUGGAGAAGUAGAGUUUGUUUCCCCGGAGGACCACAUCUAUGUCAACCAAACCUCGGAGCACAAUAUUCUAGAAGAUGCGGACAGCCUGCUUCUGAAGAGAGAACAAGGGGAUGGGCAUGAGGACCCGGACAGCAACGUCAUCGAUGUCGGCUCAGAAGGAGAGGCUUACACAGAUGAAGGAGAGCAGGAGGUUGUGUACUUCGAGAUGCCCGGCCUGUCUAGCACAGACGAAGACAGCAGUGAAGAUGAAGUUGAUUUCAAGAUGGCCUCCAAAAUUAAAUUCAGCCGGGAUCCCAUCAGGGUUUUCUUCACAUACUCCACGGAUGACUACGACCGCCGCAAUGAAGACGUGGACCCAGUGGCGGCGUCAGCGGAGUAUGAGCUGGAGAAGAGGGUAGAGAAGAUGGAUGUCUUCCCCGUGGAACUUCAGAAAGGUUCGGAGGGACUUGGUCUCAGUAUUAUCGGUAUGGGUGUCGGCGCCGAUGCUGGUCUGGAGAAACUUGGCAUCUUCAUCAAGACACUGACUGAAGGUGGCGCCGCUCAGAGAGACUCCAGAAUUCAAGUGAAUGAUCAAAUCAUCGAGGUUGAUGGCAAGAGCCUAGUGGGGGUCACCCAGGCCUAUGCUGCUAAUGUUCUCCGCAAUACUCAAGGGACUGUCAAGUUUCUGAUUGGUCGAGAGAAGGACCCGAGCAAGAGUGAGGUCGCCAGGUUGAUUCAGCAGUCGCUGGAGCAGGACAAGCGGCGGGAGGACCUACGGAGGCAGGAACUGGAACGCCGGGCGAACGAGGAACGCAUUCGGAAGGAGGAGGAGAGGAUGCGGCUAAAGGAGGAGCUGGUGCCCAGAGAUGAGGUCCUGGAACACGAAUUCAAGGAUCACGAUGAGAUGGAGCCCGAACAAAGUCACAUGUCAGAGUCGGAAAAGGGCAUCGUUGAGGACCAGGAAAAGGCUACAUCAUUAGACAUGGUAGAGGGGGCACCUGCUGCAGGGGAGGCAACUCCAAUGUCUAUGCCAUCUGGGAUGGACAGUGACAUGAGUUCCCCCGAGGACGACUUGGAGAAGCCAACUGUGGAGGUGUUUGAGCUUCCCGACAGCAGUAGUGACUCCAUGUCGCCGGAAAUGAAACUAGACGCACUGUUUAUUAAGUUAAAGGAGUCUCACUAUAAGAAUGCUGUUGCUGAUGCAGAGUUGGCCAAAUUGAGGGCAAAGAUUAUCCUACUGGACAAAGCGGAGACACAGAGGAAGCAGCUAGAGAAGAAGAAUGAGGAGCUGACGCAGAAGUUGAAGGAGGGGGAGAAAUCCCAUGAAAAUACACGCAAGGAGCUGGCUCACUACCAGGAUCUAAUGGAGGGAUCACAGGGCCAGUACAUUAUGCUUGAAAAGAAAAUGAAGGCUGAUUUCACAGCCUUGGAGAAGAAGUACCACAAGGCCAAGAAGCUAAUCAAGGAUUACCAACUCAGAGAGAAGGACUUCAUCCAGGAGCGGGAAUCUCUUAUACAACAGCAGUCGGAGAAGGAUCAGCAGUACAACGCUCUGGUCAAGUCACUCAAGGAUAGGAUAUUCCAGCUGGAGAAGGACCUGAUCCAGGCCCGGCAGGCAGCUGGUCUGCCUGUUGACUUGUCCACGGACACAUCCAAGGAUAACGAAGAAUCGGAGGUCGUGAAGGCUAUCACCACCUCCAAUGGACUGGAAGACACCACGUCAAGUUUAUCAUCAGCCAAACAGUCCCGGGAUGACCUCUCAGAAAUAUCUACAGGGUCCGACCAUUCCAACUCAGAACCAGUCACAACUCCAGAUAUCAUCAAUGAUAUGGAGAAGUCCCCCACCAAAUCAGAGUCCGCCCAGGACCUGGGGUCGGUGCCCUCCACCCCACUCCUCGACACCUCCGCCCACCGCGCCAAGGCUCAGCUUGCUAGCGGCAUGGGCGCUAGGAGGCCCCCAACCAAGAGGUCAAAGUCGUCUGAGAGUGACCAGGACACUAAUGACACAGACAGCCUGAGGCACGAUGGCAGCGAGAGUGGUUUGGAAACUUGGAUCAAGCAUGACAGACUGCCAGCCUUCAUCUAUCUCGACAGCACAGUCAGGAAAAGUGAUGCUAAAAAGCGUCGAGCAUUUCAGCCAAUUGAAGCAAUUCCUUCACCUCCGCUUCCCCGCUCUGCUCCUCCUCCGCCCAUUUCGUCUCAGGUGGCUCCCCCUGUGAAUGAGAGUGAUAAUAAUUCUGAACAAUCAUCACGGUCUAGAAGAGGGAGCCACUCUGAUAAUUCUUCAUCAGUUUCUCAGACGUCCUAUGAUCCAUCACAGCCUAAUUUUCGAAAUAUGGAUGCUGAGAUUCCUGAUUUUUCGGGAGAGAGUCACUCAGGGGAGAACACUCAUAUGCCUGCCAAAGGAUCUGGAUCUAAGGGCUUUGGUUUUCCUAAAUUCUCGCUGAAGCCCAAGUCCUUUGGCGGGGGCAGCUCAAGCAACAGUGGCGUUGUGCUGCUGUCUAGCCGACCACGUGACAGUCCUGCCACCUCUGAUGAGGGGGGGAUAACUCUCAUUUCUAAAAAAAACAUAGAUACAGGCUUAUAUGAUUAUGACGGUGGCAGCAGCACAACCAGUGAAAUUUCGUCAUCGCUGAUGGUGUCUGAACUUGAUGAUGAGGGGAAGUCAAGCAGGUUCAACAUUUCAGGGACACCAGCAACAGGGGAGAUGGUUGCUCCCAAUAAACGUAACCAGAACCAGUUUGAGUCAGUGCCCCCGUUGGACUGGACUUCGGAGCAUGUGUGUCGCUGGCUCAUCCUGCUGGAGCUCGACAAGUACAAUGAUGCCUUCCAGGACAGGAACAUCUCGGGACCACAGCUGCUCCAGAUGGACGGUUCCAAACUCAAGAGUCUAGGGAUAACCAAUGGUAAAGAUCGCGAACUACUCAAGAAGAAGAUUAAGGAACUGAAAGCUGCCAUUGAGAAGGAGAAGAAACAGCAGGAGAAGGAGAGGAAAGCCAGAGAGAAGGAACAGAAGAAGCAGAUGAAGAAGAAAUGAAUACUUUGAAGGCAGCUGUGAUUGGCUGAAAAGUGAAAUGGACACAUUUGAUUGGCCAAGAAAGUGAAAGGAACGAUUUCUCCUGUUUUGUUUGGAGAAUUAAGAUUUCGUGGAAGCUGUCACAUGACUGAAAUGAAGGACACAGAUGGUCAGUCUUGAGGACAACAUGCAGCUAGGACGGAAAGCGUGUCACAAAGUGAUUAUCAGUACAGUGAUAGUUCUGAUGUGUGUACAGUAGUGUGUACGCCCCUCCAUGCCUGGAAACUUGUACGAUGGUACCAGACACGUGGGACGUGAUAAAACCCAUGAUGGGUAUUUUAGUGAUCUUCCCAUGACAGUGACCCAGGAGUUGAUGCUCCUGCAAGCCCUCAGCAACAAAUACCAUUACGUGUGUACAGAAAGAACUACAUGUUAGAAAUCAAGCUAAUGCCGAUCCAAGGAUUGUAUUAUUCCUUGUAUCACGAUUGUGCAGUGGUACAGUUAUCAACACAUCUCGACGUAUUUUACCCAUGCAAUAUACCAAUGUAUUAUAGAUUCUGUAUAAAAAGUAAAUUGUAUGAACAUGUCAGACAUUGAUUUUCUGGAGAACCCAUUCAUGUCAUAAGGGAACUAAAUGUCAUCAUUUUUGGUAUGGUAUAUUUGUCUGUGUAAUACAUAGCUACCUACACGUUCAUGUCCAGUUGAGGGCCGAUCCACUCAGUUGCCAAACAAUCACACAGUGUCAGGAUUUUCAGGGAUGUUCUAUUUCUGGUCACAUGACUGAAUUUACAAGUUGAUGAAAGCUCCUGCUAAUAAUUGAGAACCACAUUUACAAGUGAAAUCAAUUGUAAGCACUCCUGUUUGUGAGAUGAUCGAAUGACCUAUAGUCUGUGGUGCAACAUUUUACUGUGCAUAGUCGCUCACUUCCGGCCUUGUUCCCACGCUGACAACCCGCUGUGAUAUAACUGAAAAUGUUCAAAUCGGCGCAAGAGCUCAAUCAGUGUAUGGAAAGGAGACAUGUUGUUAAGCCUCUGGAAAAUAAGUUCAAGUCCCUGAUGGAAUGGAUACUUCUUUUGUGAAUAUAUUUCCAAAUUACUUUGAGAUAUGUGAAAAUAUGCAGAAAAUCAGUGUAAUGUUUAACAGAUUUCCUGUCUGACUGCUGUGUUGCUUGAUUGAAGUACCUUGAGAAGUAUUCACAUGUGUUACGGUUCAGUAUACCCCGCCAGUCUGUAAGAUAAUCAGAUCAGUAUAACUUAUCGUCAUAUUUUCUGUGUCCUGGUCACAUUGUCCAGGGUCCGGUGUAAUCAUGUUUUCAAAAAGAUUUCACUCCUCCUUUGUAACCUUUACCUUCUAAUUAACCUUGACCUGUAUUAAUGUCCUUGACCCCAUGUGGUAUAACCUUGACCCUAUGUGUUAUAUAACCUUGACUGAGGUGUGAAAUUGCUUGUCUCAAUUUGUGACCAUUAGCGACAGCCAGGUCUCAGAAUGUACAUUGAUAUUGAAAACAUAUUCAUCAAAUUUUUAUUAAUUUGUGAUGCUAACAUCCAUCAUAAAUCAAAGGCAGGUCUUUGAUGUUAUCAUUAUAUUUAUCUUACAAACUUGAAGGUAUUUUAGGUUCUAACGCCACUUCAAAGUGUUAGAAAUGCUGAUUUCCAUAAAUGCUCAAACUUGAACAAUGCAUAAAGAUUUUCAUUUAAACUGAUAACUUGAUAAGUGAGUGCUAUGAAACAAUUUAAUAGUGUUAAGUUUUGGACAAGGGAGACAAACUAUUGUGAUGUAGAUGACAAUAUGCUCAAUAAAUGAAACAUUUUCAAGAGUGUGAUUUGCUCACAACUUCCCGUUGUCUCGAUCGCGAUGUUCAAUUAUGUGUGCCACACAGGGAGACAACUCGGGGAAAUAUGUACCUGUAAGUAAUGAAAUGGUUUUAUGCAAUCCUUGAUUUCAGUCAUAAUAGAGACAGAUAAAUUUGAAUGUCAGAAUGCAUUAAUUUCUACAGUCUUAAACAAUCCAUCAUGCUGAAUACAGCAAGCCUUAUACCUCAAUAUGAAAUUGCACAAAGCUUGGUUUAGUAUUUCCUGGUUUUAAUUUGCCACCGAACUACAGCAUUUGACAGAUACAAUCUUUUAUCCUCAACACAAGAAACAGGCUUUGAUGGCACCUUGAGUUGUCUCCCUUGGAAUGCCGCCAUAUUGUUUGUUGCUUCUAAUUGUUGUCUGUGUUGCGUGUUGAAGUCGACUGUUAUUAUUUACAUGUUUAUCCAUGUCAAUACUUUAUUUCCCAAAUGAAAUUUUAUACAUGAUUUGUUCUUAUUCUCUAAGUUUGUGAUUGAGGGACCCCUAAAGCUUGUGUGACUGAAGGGAGUCAAUCAUGGGUGCAAGUCAGCAAGUGGUUGUUCAUAGUUUACCAGUUCCACAAGAGCGGUAUGAACCAAAGAAGCUGUAAUUGCCUUGUUCAACAAAUGCAAUCAAUUUUCUACGAGACCAAGUGCUAAUAUUAAUGUUGUGAGACGAGAGUGCAUGCUCUGUCUGUACCUUUCCUUGUGUAUAAUGGGAUUUAUUUAGUCAACUUUACAACUCUUCUUUAUCGUAUGGCUUUAUGAUGACAAUGCAGGCACAUAGGAGUUUUUGUAUUCAAAAUGGCACAUAUGUGUUCAGGUAUACAGUAGUGUGCAUUAUUAGAUUAAAUUAGAAUUUUCUGAGCAAAAUGGUAAAUUUUGAAUCUUUAUGUAGUAGAGACAUAAUUUACACCUUUUUUUCAGGGUGACCUCUACAUGAUAGACAUGCUGAACUCUUUGAAAACCUAACCUGCUGCUAAUGCUCAAUAUCUGUUGAGUGUGUGGUCUGGUAAAGAUGUACUAGGCAGAUGUGAUCAGAAUCACUUCGGGACUGGUUCAUUUUAACUAAUUUUUAUCCCGAUAUCAGUUCUAUUCACUGUGUAUCAUAUCAACAUAAACUCUCAUAGAUAUGUUCAAAUUCCAUGUCUCACCUCAUACAACUGGAUUCAUUGUAGUGCACCAUGAAAGUCACAAUUUGCAUUUGUGUAUGGAAUCCGUGAAAGUAUAAUCAAAAUCCACACUAGUUACAUAUUUUUGUAGUUCCACUCAAGUAUCACCAUAUACACUGGGAGAUGUAUUAGAAGUGGGAUGAAACACCGAUGCAGCGUGAUUUUUCACUUCUUGAUACAAGUAUCGAUCACACUUGCACACUAAGUAAAAAGUAUCAAUUUUAACCUUAAAUGUAUUCUUUUAUAAAUGUUACACAAAAAAAAUAAUUACUAGUGAAAAUGGAAGUAAAUAUCUUCAUCCGUUGCGCCAUACUUGACAAUGCCAAUAGUAAAUUGUCAGUGUGCCAGGUAUUUGGCCAUCCUGCCUAUGAAAAAGAUGCCUUACACAUCACCGAUAAGAGCAUGUGCAAGUAUUGUGAUACGAAUCGGAUUGUGAGCAAGGUAUCGUGAUACAUAUCGGAUUGUGCAGUUGGUGUAUCGUCCCAGCCCUGAGAUGUAUUAACAUGUAUUUAGAAAUAUGCAAUAACAAAAUCAGUAGAAAUCUACUUAGUAGUCGUAGGAAUACAUUCUUCCCACAAGGAUUAAUUAAUGGAUAUUUCUGAAUGACUCAGAAUAUCACAACUUGAUUGAAUACUGAUAUCAAAUGUCCAAUUGAAUUGGUCAGGUAAUAAGGACAAUAUCAACUGACCAAUGGCAGCAGACCCUGAUAGUCAGAUGCCUCGGGAUAACAAUUUGUAUCAUGUUGAAAAACAGCAUUAACUUGUAGCAGUGAAAUAUUCUAUACUCAACUCCGACCCUUCUCCUGCUAACAAAUGACUUCUUUAUUUGUACCAGAGUGUCUGCAAUGUUGUGUUCCUCUAUGAAACCAAACCCAUAUGAUGCCUAGAUGACUGCCAGCCUUUCGUUGCCAGUAAUUAAGCGCCUUAUUGAUUUGUGCAAAGCACAAAAACCACACCAUGUAACUUUAUUAGUGUAUGUUCAGGCAGUACCUGUGUGCGUCACCUCUAGCCCAGAGGAGAUGCUUUUCACUGUGUGACUUAGUAAUAGACUUGAUAUACCCAAACUGCAUACAUAAUUUCAACUUAAAUUUGACUUUAAACAUGAAAUUGUCAACCACGAAGAUCUAUUUCAUACAUGCCGAUGCUAAUAAUGCUGUCUACACCUUUUUUGCAAACGUACAACUGUAAAAAACACUUUCAUAUUUUUAUAUCCACUGGACAACUUUUUUUCUAGUGUAGAUGUUGCAUCUGUGCUGGUGUGAUCCCGGGGCCCCUUUCAAAGAGAACUCAUGGCGCUACGACUAUCGUAACUCCUAUACUUCAACACAUACUUACGACAGUUUAAAUAGCGCUGCGAUCGCUUUGUGAAAUGGGCCUCUGAACCCUGGGAACUUUUUGGAAUACGAUCCCAGGGUUAGAACUAAACUGAAAAGCUUAAUUAGCCUGGUUGAAGAUAAAAUGCCCUUGUAAUGUUAAUACAAUGGGGAAAUUUUGAAAUUUGUACUAGCCUCGGGCUAGCAGGCUAGUGUUAUUUCUAACCCUGGAUCCCUGCAGGCUUUGCACAUUCUGAUCGAAUGACUGGUGUGUGUUCGAUGAUUGAGACUCUCAGACAUAUCAUAAUUGCACUUAUGUAUAGCAGAUCAUGUAAGAAAGUUUACAAGGAUAGAAACUUCAAAAAGUCUGAAUGUCGACCUGCACUGCGACAUCUCGUCAUCUUACACAUCAAUGUGUCUUAAAUUUUCACACGUCAGAACUGAUUAAUAUUACGAUCAUUUCUUAGAAACACAAUUUGAAGAAGGCAAAUCUGUAAGUUUUUAUCCAUGUAAACAGUCUGUAAAUUCAGGUGUAAACACUUGUAUGUAGACACUCUUAUAUAUCUCCGGUCUUCAUUUCGGUCUGGGAGCCGUAUAUUAAAGUAUGUAUGAUGUGAA